GCCACUUCCAACAAGUGCCAAUAUCCUAUGAACGGCUAAUCGUGCUGAAUUCAAAAAUUUCGAAAUUGGGCCACAAAACCAAACAUUCGGUGCAUUUUUUAUCAUUAUCCUUAUCACAAGCGCUUCCAAGAAAUGUGAACUAGUGAUAAGUGGCUUCAAUUUUGAUAAGAAACACAAAUCUGGCAUUUUUUUUUAUCGUUGGCGGCCCUGGCCAGACCCCGCCCCUUCAGCUGUGCACUUGUCAAAGUGACAGUUUUUCUGCCGCCAUUUGAAAACAACACACCAAGUGCAUAAAAAUGGGUUAAAAAGCUAGAAAUUCGUGUUUUUUUUCGGCGAAAUGGAGUCGGAUCCGUUUCUAAACGGCACGUUCGACGAGCCUGAAACGUCAAAAUGGAACGCCAACUCGUCCACUUUUGGAAAUCUCGACGACAUAAAAAUGGAUUCGAACUUUGCUAUGUUAUUGUGCAGUUUGCUGUUCGCAGUCGGAUGGGUGAUUUAUAUAACGUAUUAUAACUCGCGACUGGUCGCCUUCAUCAUUACGAAGAUAAUGAACCGGUUCUUCAUCAGCGAGGGAUACUUUAAAAUCGGGUCUCUCUCCCUCAAUGCUCUCUCGGGGAAAAUCAUGUUUCGGGACGUGGUUUACAUCACUUACGACUACACGAUACGGGUCCAGGAUGGGUAUUUGAUUUUUCGCUGGUGGAGGUCUUACGUCCCAAAGGACGUAAGUGAGGAUUUAUCGCACUCUGAUACGAGACUUUCCGUCAUGUUGAACGGUUUUGAGCUGCAUGUGUACAACAGAUCGCAGCUUUAUGCAAAUCUAGAGCGGAUUUUCGGGAUUGGGACCAACAUUAUUCCGAAUUAUGAUAAUAAAACCACGGAGAAUUUGACGAAUUCGGAGAGUAAUGUCGAUAAUAGGAAGCAGAGACCGGAGGCUGCGAUGGCAAGGACUUGGCGUGACUUAAUUCCAGUCAUUAAAAUCGACGUGUCGUCGAGCCGCCUUGUUUUUGGCAAUCGCCUGGUCCCCACAACCCUCAGUAUAACCUUUGAAGAGUCCCACUUUGUCUACUCGACCAAGCCGGCCGUUUGCACUCUUGAUCGUUUUAUGCAUUUUGUCAAAUGCAAGGCUGAAAAUGUCCGCGUUAUGCUUGCCCCCAGUCUUAAAUACACGGGAAUGCUUGAUGAGCCCCCACGUUAUAUGGGCGAAGGCUUUGUUCUUAUGUCCACAAAUGACCUAGAGCUUUACUUUUACAUGGAUGAGCCCGGUCUAGUGCCGGAAGAACCAGUUUUGGUCACUUUAGCCAAUGGAGAUAUUGUUGAAUCGAGUCCUCCACAAUGGGGGGUUGAUAUAAAGUGUGGCAAAGGAACGGAUUUUAGUUAUGGGCCGUGGGCGGACCGACAACGCGAACAUUUGUUCAAGUUUUUCUAUCCGCAGGAUUACCUCCCAAUGGAAGUGACAAAAAUGCCAAAACCGGGCGAAAAACGCCAAAUGCAAUCAUUUGAUGUGCGCCUUUUGAUGCAAAACGACGCCACCAUUGAUAUUCUCUUCACCAAAGACAAGGAAACCAACGCCGUUCACAUCAACGUAGGCGCUGGCAGCUACCUCGAAAUCACCCUACCAUGGAUCACACUUCAAGAUGGCUACUCGACCAAAAUCACCGGCCAGUUACUCCAUCUUGAAGCGACAACCAGUCUACAAUUCCGCGAUUUCGUCGAAAGUGAAACUUUAGAAUUUUGCCUUUUGUGUCACUAUCCACUCGUUUGGAACGACCACCAACUCUGGGAAAUUAACCUAACUGGUUGUAAAGCCACCGUAAAGUUGAUUUUUGCCCACAAGUGGUUCUUCCAAGACUUGAUUAACGACUGGGCGUCGAAACAAAUGCCCGAUUUGAUGCAUUUUGUUCCGUAUACUUGGCGUUUUGGCCUGACUUUGAAACACUGCGAGUUGAUCACACUAGUGAAUCAAUACAAUUGGAUUGAUUGUAGUAGUGUUGGGCAAAAGAACCGUUUGGAAAACACACAGUUGGCGUUGUGUGCGCAUUUUUUGCACAUGUCAUUUGAUUUGCCCUUCGAUGAGUUUCUACCCGAGACCGUUCCGUUGAACUUCAGUAUACAGGGUGAAAGUAUAGACUUGAGUUUGUUUAUUCCUGAAUUUCACACGAGUCGUAACGUUGUCCAAGCGCUGGAAAAACACGCCAAAGUUCUAUCGAAAGAUGGCAGCACCACCACCAAGAAGGCUGAGAUCAUACCAAAAUGGCGGAACGAAUGUCAAAAUGGUUGGGUGGACUUUUGGUGGGUGCCAAUCGGCGCGAUUAACAUUGUCUACACUUACCACCCGUGCCCACCCCUUGGUACCACCCCCCAGGCCGAUAUUUCCACCCCCGUUAAGGAGGAGAUCCUCCUAUCGCCCAUGCGCUUCCCCCACCACCGCAAGUCGCGGAAACGCUCACCAGAGGGCGUCCAGAAAUUCGACCCUACGUCACUCAAGGCAGACACUGUUAGUGUUGAACUUGAAAUUGGGCCCUCGGUUUUGCUGCUGUACGGUACAGCGUUGAAGAAUUUCAUGAAUUUUAAGGAAAAUAUCUUCGGGGAGGAUCAGUCGUUUACCGAUAUGCAACAAGCGAGUUCGGGGGAAGGCCCCAAUGAUUUGAAAUCGGACGAUAGUUCGGCCAAUAUUCCGCUUGAGUUGCGUGAAGAUUUCGAUCAUAGGAAUUAUAGGCCGUUGGAGGUUGAUGUGUCGAUUAUUGCGCAUGAUGUGCAAGCGCAUUUAUUGAAGAAUUGUACCGAGAAGGAUCCACCGUGUCCGAUUAUUUUGAUUGAGAGAGUGGGCUUUGAAAUGAAGAAGAGGUACGAUCAGACUGAGUUGCAGUUGUUAGUGAGUCCGUCCGUGCUUCUAGUUUCGGAUAAUAUUAAUCGGGCGGCGAAAGACAAACAUUUGAAUAAGGGGAAAUUGACACUGUCGUCAUUACAGCUUCGAGGCCACGCGAUGUUUUCAAACGUUGGCCAAUCCCUCGAUCAAGACACCAUCGAGUAUGCUUGGUUGGUCGAAGUCCAAAUGGGCAAACUAAGCGGUAAAUUAACCUCACCCCAAUUAUACUCAGUCCUUGCAACCCUCGAAACCCUCAUCCUUCUACUAAUGGACACCGAAAACGAACUCAACUCACCGAAAGUUGACGCUCUACUAACACGUCCAGUCACGACGAAAAAAAAUACAGUUUCUAGUCAAAACGUUCACGUCCAACAAGUGCAACAAGCCAUCCAACAACUCCUCCAACCGAAAAGUAACGCUUCGAAUAAGAACACCGUUCCGAAAACCAACAAAAAGAAAAUCGACGAAGACAAAAAAGGCUCAGUUCGAAGCGCAAUAAACGAAGACAACGGUCUAGACAAUCAAAAUGCGCACAAAUUGAAAUACAAACUGUGUCGGGUGGCUGUGGACGCCGUUGAUUUCUGGUUGGUUGAAAGUGGGGUUGCACUGCAAUUGUGGGUGUCGCCGAUCAGGUUGGCCAAUUGCAACCUGCACGGGAAACAAGUGAGUUCGGGGCUGAGUUGCAUUGUUUACAGCAUGUCGGUGCGGCAAAUGGUUUGGCAAACGCAGAAAUACAACCACAAUAAAUCAAAUUCAGACAACAUGGAUUUGUGGCUGGAAGUCGGUGCUGUUAAUUUCGGUCCUUUGAUUGUCGAAUCGGCGAUUUCGUCCGAUAUUAAGGAACAGAAUUUGCACCAAACGCAGCAAAAGUUUCUAAGAACGCACGAUGAACGGUGGAAGAAGUUGUGGUUUCUGUGGCCUGAAUUGAAUAAAACUAGUGGGAAGUGUGGUUGUACCGGGGGUUGCAUGUUUUUCGGGACGAAUCGGAACGGGACACGGUUUUUUAAACCGAGUCGGAAGGAUCUAGAGGAGGGGAUGAACGUGGCUGCCUUUCGUGUCAACGAGCCGGGGAAAGACCCAGGCUACGGCCAGAGCAUCCUCCACGAAAACAUGCUAAUAUUCCGUACCCCACCAUACAUCGUCCAAGAAAUCUCGCUCCAAGACACUCUACCUCGCAGCAAAUCGCAACCCACGAGCACAAGCCCACGAAUCGGCGACCCUGACACCAUUAAAAUAAGCCCAGUUGGUACAACCGAACGCGAACGUAAAAUCAGUCGUCGAUUCUCCUCAACUUCAAUCCGCAGUUCAAUAAUGAAAGAAGUACCAUACGCCCGCCUUGUCGAAACCUGCCCAAUCCUCCCCUCAAAACUCGACAGUGAUUCAAAACUACACACCGAAGUCGGAAAACUAUCAGUAACAAACGACCCAGAACCACUUCCAAAAAACAGCAUUUCCGACUCGAAACUAGCCGUUGAUUAUUUCAAUGCUCCCAACGUUACAACAACCAAAUCGUCCGAAUCGCACCAUUCGCUCGGCGAACGCAUCAGCUCGGACGAAAAGUUGGCCAUGGAGGUGCAACGCACCACGUCCAUGUCCAGCGAGAACCAAUCAGAAGCGUUCUUUUCCGCCGAUGAAGACAUAAUCAAUUCGCGCAGCUCAAGCUUGCGCAAUUCCAUUCUUUUGACGCGUCAGGACAGUAAUAGUGUGCCACCGCAGCGUAAAAAAUUCUCAAGUGAGCUUAGUAUCGUGGCCGAUCGGCCGUACAAAACCAUACAUGCGCCGAGUUCGGCGCCCGAAGGAUGCAACACUCGGCUCCGGCUCGCGUCACAUCGCAGCGACCACGAGAUACAUACGCCCGAACAUCGCAGUAUUGCCACCAAUGGGCUUGUUACACCUCAGCGGUUACCAAACGUUCGAACGUUGAAUGAAACUGAUAGUCUUGGUGGGGAAUCUUCAGAUAGUUAUAGUAGCACAUCGUAUGUUUCUGCAGUUGGUAGUCAGGAGGAUUUUACGUUGGUGGACCUGCAUAUGCAAGUGAAUCGGUUGAUUAUCGACUCGCCGAUGCUUAUGUCGAGUUAUGUGACACAUUUGAGUCAAUGUAAAUGUAAAAAUUGGGGCGACCAAUCAAAACAUUCCGACCAGUUUUCGGUUCCACUGUUUGAGAAAAACGAUGAGGGGAAAUUGGUUUAUGUGGGUGCGAGGUUUGUGCCGUGUAUGGAGACGGCAAGUGAGGGAAUCACCUCGUUGAAGAUGGUGUCACGUGGUGAGGGGAGUAAGACACCAACGUCGCCAUAUGUACAUGUUUGGGAGCAGGAAGAUGGGGAGGAUACAGCGUUUCAAGAGGAGGAGUUGUUGAGUAGUCAGACGGAUGCUGGGUGUAGGACCAUUGUUAUUGUGAAAUUGAAAGGGGAUUUGGAUGUGAUGGUUAGUCCGUUGCUGUUGGAGUCGUUACAAAGGUAUGUCGACGCCCUCACCCCAAUUGUGGCCAACUUGCACCCCCUCACAGUCAUCAAUCAUUUGCAUACGUCAUGUGUUGGCCAAGUCGAAGCUGCAAAUAUUCUCAAAACAACGGAAAACAUUGCAAAAUUAUGCCAAACUCCGACAGGAGACGAAGGCCCCAUCUCUGAAGGGAUUUACGAAGAAACGGUCAAGACCCAACUACAAGCCGCAAUCUAUCUACCAAAAGUUAAUGUAACUUUAUUACAAGUUUCAAUAGUUGAAGAAAUCAUCUCAUUUUCGGCCCUCGAUAACAUGAAAGACCUGACUUGUGUUUCGCUUUUUUCUGUCUGUUUCGAUAAUGUUACAGCGAAGUUACACUGUGAUAAACAAGCGCGUGAGGUGCUUCAGCGUUUUCAUCGACCUGCAGUUGUCCAAACUGGUAGUAAAAAAGGGGCGAAUAAAGCUAAGAUUUUGUUGGGGCUUCAGACGAAUACUAACGCUGAUAUAAUACAAGGUGAACCUGUUUUUAUCGAAAGUUGCGAAAAACAACAGCAACAAUUGGUGGUGUGUCUCAAUGUUGGUAAAGCGCAUGCGCAGUUGAGACGUUUGAGAAAUGAGAGUUCGAUACUAGACGAUGCGAUUAUUACGGCGAUACCGAAUUAUAAAUCGAAGGUUUUGUUUACGCCAGCUAAAGUGGGGCCGCAGUAUCGGGGGUUGGAGUAUUAUCUACAACCGUCGCAGAGUGACAAUAAUACGGUCCAGACCGACGACACAAGCGAAGAUAAACUAGGCUUCAUAAUGUUCGAAUGCGGCCUUGAGGGCGUUUCCCUAAAAAUCGUAAAAAAAUCCCAAUUCGAACACGUCGAAUGCAAACUAAACAUGCAAGAACCUAUCGAAACCUCCACCGACGACCCCGACCCCGACCCCAAACCCGAAACCCCGAAAUCCCGCGACGGUGAAGGCGACGCCGACUUGGACAACUCCGCCGAGAGCAAAGACAACACCGUCAUGGCCAAAGACUCCGGAAACGUCUCCAGCUGCAUAAUCGAACUGAAAGUCGUCUGGUUCAACUUCGCGGCGCCCCCAAGGGCCCCCAUAACGCGCAAAAUCGACUACACCCGCCUCGACUGGAACCUCCUAAGCACGGCGUCGCCUGCCAUCAACGCCUGGAUGAAUCCCAGCAAUCGGCUCGCCAUAAGAGUCGUCCAUAUGGUCAGGAGCAUGUACCGGAGGUCCACGGCCGUGGUGGCCUGUCUUAUGACCGAAGCGCUGGAAGCGCAGAAAGUGCACAUGUUGGCCAAAAGUCGCUACGAUAAGUUGACACCGCUUGCUGGGACUUUGCACGACGAUCCAAGCUUGCAGUUAUGUUCAAUCCUACAACAGUAUUACCUUGAAAGUGAUUGUUUGAUAAUUGAGGCGAAUUUGCGCGAGUCUGACUUGCCCCAGCUGUUCACGCUGAGGCAAGGUGUGGUGGUGUUGAGUCGGCAGUGGAAAAAUAUUCUCUAUACGCCGCUUUUGCCCCAGCAUAGUGUUAAGUCGUCGAGGAUCAAGCCGCUCAAUGUCACUAUAGCCGUGCCCGAAGUGGAAGAGGUGUGUAUGACAGAUGGUGAAGUCAGCGGUAACGAGGAUCACGAUAUUACCGACGAACACGCACGCUUGCUACAUUCCGGCAUUAUUUUAAAACCGAGUGCGGGAGAACCUAUCCAAGCUAGUUACUUGGACAUGCCACAGGUGGCGGUAGUGUCCGGUGGUGUGGAAAGCGUUCUCACGUCACCAAGUCCCACAGUACAACACCGAAAACGUAAAAAAAGCUUACAACCGACGCAACACCCUAACAGUAGUCGAGCAAGCGUUGUUUUACCACUGCUUACUAGUAGCAAUAACCCCUUUGGCCAAAAACGCGAAGAUAACAUUUGUUACGGCACGUUGCGUGAAGAUUGCCUCAUUUACAACAUGGGUUCAGACCCAAGCGAGGUUUAUAGUCAUUCCAGUCCCGAAUUACCGGCAAGUCCAUUACACAAAACAGGCUACACACAUUCAUCUGAAGAUUUGUACUCUUGGAUGGCAAAACAGGACGCUGUUGGCUCACUUAAGGGCUAUAUGGAGUCGAAAAUCGAUACUUUGCAGACUGAGUCGUCCGGUGAUGCGGGUACUUUACCCAAACCGAGUGCAACAGCACCGGAAAUCUCGCUGUAUCCGAUUCAUGAUUCGGUGCGGUUGCUUGAUGCGAAUCAGAUUUUUCAACCGUUGUUGUUGGGCUUGGGGGUGAUGCCGCAGCAGUUGAGGUUUACGACAAUGUCGGAUUCGAGUGCAGGGAAUGAUGUUACGACUUUGGAUGCACUUGGAUCGAAUUUUAGUCUUGUAGGGAAUAUGGAAACGAUGCAUAUUGAUAUAGUGGUGUCCGAACAUGGUAAAACGGAGAAGAAGAAAGGGAAGAAUAAGGGAAAAAGGCUGUUUGUUGAAGUUAAUGCGAACGAAUCGCCUGCUUUUGUGUGCGAAAAGGUCUCAGUGGAGUUGGAAAUCGAUCGAAUGACUGACAUGGCCGUCAACGAGAUGAUGCGUACGAAAAACGUCCUUUACAUAUCACGUGGCCAACUCAAAAACCACACAAGUACCGUUAUUAACUUCACAAUCGGGGUACGUUACAUUUCGCAACGUGUCAACAUGCCCCUGCUACGCCUCCUCCACCAAAUCAGCAACAUGUACCAAAACGUCAAAGACACCCAGAACGAACUACGCGAACAACAACCGGUCGAAAUCCGCCGACCGAAGACGAGCUCCAGCGAUCAAGCCGACAUCAAACACCACUCCUCAAUUUCCGACAUCCAGGAGCCACUAAUCGACACGAAACAAUUGAGUUUGAAAAUAUCCGACGGUUCUUGUACCUCACAAAAUAAACCAAUCGUUUCCCCAUCGCCUAGUUUACGGUCGCGUCCGCAAAGUUUCGCCCAAAAACUACGAUCAACCGGAAAAAGCGUCAAAGGUUACGUUAAUCUAACCGAAGGCGGCGGCACUCCGAUGACCAUGAGCAGCCCAUCGGGGUCGGCUUUGGACCACAUGACCGUCUCGUCCGACAAAAGCACGGGGCGGUGUUGGAAAACAAUCUAUCACUUAUUAGAAUUGUACGCAAAUAUGCCAGACACUAAAACAAUCAAGCAUCGCUUCUCGGUCGGUACGUACGAUAUUUCAGAACAUUAUAAAGGCAAUCGGAAGUAUGAUUUAUUGACCGAGAUGAAGUCGAGUGACGACUUGGACAAAAACGAAUCGACCCCGCCGCCGGUCCAGACCAAGGCCAAAGAACACACCAAGCUGGUGGUGUUCGGCGUCGCACGCAUCCACCGCACCCGGCUGUUGGCCACCCUGUCGGGCCUUAAACUGGAAGCCGAGAUCACCAGUCUCCACUCGAGCCUAACAUGUCGUAAAAAAUCAACGCCCGCCAUGUUGGAGUGCUCCCUAACCGGUCAAAUCGGCCGCACUAUGAUCAACCUCCUAGAGGGCGUGUCGCCGAAUCAACAAACCGUCGUCAAGGUAACCAUCGGUAAAUCCCAAACGCUAUACUCCAGUAUCAUGAAACGUGGCAAAGACAAAAACUCCGGCCUUCUAACAAUUGGCGCCGUCAACAUCGACAUCCCGCAACACCCGGUCGCGCUGCACGGAAUGGUCACCAGAGGGAGCAAACAACUCAGCUCCACACUACAGGAAUUACGCGUCACGCGCACAGCCAGUCGCCUCUCACGUGGCGUGCAAAUCGACGACGACCAACAAAGCUCACCGAGCCACCAAACCCACGUCCCCGUCUCAAGUUUUGCCAAAAAUUCCGCCGAGGAGAAGAGUUUAUUGCAACCGUUGGUAAUGCAGUUUUCUGUAAUUUUGCAAAGUUUGAGCAUCACAGCGGCGCUGCUACCGUCGCUCCAAGCCACCUAUAAGAUGGACAAGGUGAACAGUGCCGGCUUCACGGGGAGCCGGGCCAAAUUCACCAUUGAUCUACCCCACCAUUCUUUGAGUUUUAAUACGGUCCUGCAGGGCCACUAUGAGAAAGUCGAGGCGAACUUACCAUCCGAGGCCAGUAUCGCGUUACCGGCCGUGCACGUCAGCGCCGAGUACAUCCCCGAGAACGCCACCAAUAUUCACAAGAACCCCGACGGCGUGGUGUUCCGUCAGGGGGGCUAUUUGAAUGCGCAUGCGGAAAUUGGGGUUUUCGAGCACAGUCUCACCACCGAUCUGCUCAACCACUUGGUUUUCGUGCAGAAGGUGUUUAUGAAGGAAGUUAACGAGGUGGUGCAGAAGGUGUACGGGGGCGAACGACCGGUGCCGAUCUGGCUCGAGGACAGCGAAGAGACGUCACUGAACCGUCUCUUGUUUUCGCUAGUGAUACGAAUCAGUCGCAUACAGUUGACUGCAACAACGGCAGGUUCGUCGGCUGUGCGUUUGGAGACGGGAGCGGUUGUCUUGGAGUUGUCGAAUCGCGUGCAGAACGUCUCCGGGUCGACGCAAAGCAGCGCCACGGCGCGGCUGUUUGGUAAAGCUCAAGUUGAUGUUAAUCUAUCGCUUGGGCAGAUUAUACGAAAUGCGGUGUUUGAGGAGGCGGAGAUUGAGUAUCAGCCGGUGGCGUUUUUCAACACGCGGAUUGGGUUGAGGAACGCGUUUCAGGAUGAGAUUGUUGAGGGGGAGGAUAAGGAGGUGGUGUUGAUUACGUUGAAGCGGCCGCUGAUUUAUAUUCAACCGGUGGCGAUUGACAAGGCGAUUCUUGUGUGGUUGAAUUAUAAAAAUGCGUAUGAUUAUUGGAAUGAGAAGCGAGCGAAUUUGAAUAAGGAAGUGUUGACUGCGACGCAACAAGUCUAUGAGAAGUUUCAGUUCGGACAGUUUACGAGUCAGUUGAGUGCGCCUCAUUUGGGGACGUUGUUUUUGCAAUUGACGGUGGAGGAUAUGGGGAUUUGUUUGCCGUUGAAUCCGUUACCGUUGACUUGGAACCAGAGGAAUGUCUACGAGGAGAGUCGAGGCGCGGUUGUGAUCACGCUGGAGAAUACGAGUAUUUCAGCCUGCAGUUCCGGUUCGCUCGUCAGUAAGGGAAAAUUCUCAAACUUGUGUCUGCGUUUCGCGGACGAUUUCGAGACAUCUCUUGACGACUGGAAGCCCGACAUGAGUGACUCCUCCAUAAUGAAUUUAUGUGUUGUUAGUGACGGCACAUACGAGGUUUGUAGCCGAACAAUCGCAGCUAAACAAGCCAAUGAAAACGCCAAGUGGUUUUUAAACGUCCAAUGGCAGAUGGAAGGUGUCGACAUUCACCUCGACACCGGUGUCGGCAAACAACUCUCAGCACUAGGACACACUCUAACGAUGUUAACGGGGGCCGAAGAAGCCCAAUUCCCCGUCGAUUACGACAGCGAUGAUAACGAACCCAUCGAUGGGACAAGAGUCUCCCAGGAGAGCAUUUUACCGUCGUUUAUGUUCGACCCGAACUUGGACAACCGAAGUCGUUCCAAACUCAUGGAGAAGGAAAUGAACGAACAGGCGAAAAUCAUCAACGAUCUGCGCACGUUGGGGGCUUCCCACGGCACGAUCGAGCUCGAGAUGAAACGAUUACACGAACUCGAAACGAUCGUUUAUAAGGGUUUCCGGCGCGAUAUGAUCCAGAAACUGAGGCGGCAAAGCAUUAAAGCACAAUCAAUCAAAGGCAAAUUUGGGCUAGGCACCAAAAGUACGUUCCGUUCCAAGUCAUUUAUGGUCCAAAGCCCCACACUUGAACGCAAAGACAGUCCCGAUAGGGCCCCCACGGUUAACACCGGAAGCUAUGAAAGUUCCCCCAGGUCGGGGCCCUCGAGGUCGGCGUCGCUGCGCGUGCGGAACCCCGAAUUGGGGCCCAAGGUUACGUUUAGUGAUACGAGACAAGCGUCGUUGCCGAGUGCUAGUUCCGAGACUCAUUUGGAUUGGCCCGAGUAUUUGGAUAUCGAUGGGGAGAAGAUUUUGUUGCGGAAGAAGGGGAUUGAUGAUUUUGUGCCGACGGCGAGCCCUUUUCAGGGGGCUCCGAGUGUGGGGGCGCCGCUUAAGGCGCAGGAACCGAAUGUUGAUUUGGAGUUGGAUGUGAAGGUGUUUAUCAAUAGUGGGAAGUGUGUGCUGCAUACGAAGGAUCCGGUCAAGGAGGAGGAGAUUAAAUUAAGCCGGAUGCGGAAAGACCGCAGUUGCUCGGCCGGCCUCCUGGAGUUCCCCCCAAGCACGAGCAGUCCCGACCCCAUCCGACGCAACAAAGACAAACUUCUCAACCAAUCAAGUGGCUCCCGUCUCCGUCCAACCCCACAUGCCACACUUGUCGAUCUCACAAUCUUCCACAUUCCCGGCAUGGACGUAAAAUUACACUACACAUCGAAAGUCGUAUGCGAAGAUGAUUCGGUCCAAAGUCCCGAUUUUGAAAAAGUCUUCAAAUCACCGAUGAGUUUCGACGAAUCGGAGGAAAGUCGCAUUGACAAAGCGUUCAAACGCGUCGAAAGCGAACCGAUCAAAGUCUCAACCUCAAUGCAUGGAAUAACCAACCCUAACUACGGCUGCAGUCCAACAUCGAGUUUGGACGACUUGCAGUUGCCACUGGAUACCACAGCCCGUGGCGGCGUUCUGGGGCACCGGAGGGCCGGCGUCAAGAAGGCGUCGCUUUUUGCAUGGAUGACGCUACAAAGUGUGCCCGAGGAGACCAUCAUAAGUCCGCACAUUUUGGAGUUUUUGGAGCAAACUCUUGAACCGAUUCCGCCGAAAACUAACUUUAAUACGACAGAUACGUCGUUCCUGCCGUCGGAUCAAGACUUGACAAAUUACGGGAACUAUGUCUAUGCUAGUUUCCCAGUCGACGUGAUUGUGUAUUUUCACAUGCAACCGAGCACUUUUCGGUUCAGUUGUUUGCCGGUGUCUCGUGUUGAGUGCAUGUUGCAAUUGCCUUCGCUUGAUAUUGUCUUCAGUUCGAAGCGAGCCGAAGACGAGUUGAGUGAGUUUGGCGAUGGGGGGGCUGCUAAUCCGGCGGCGACUGCCGUCGGGGGGCUCAGUGUCACUGGGUGUCUUUCGGAUUUUUCCGUUUAUAUUUUUCAUCCGUACGGUGGGAAAAAAUCAGCGCUUAAGGAAGCACAAUGGUCGCCGUUGUCCGAUAGUGAGCGGAAAGACUCGCUUUCGAUUAAUGUCGAAUUUGUCAAGUUUCAUUUAUCGCGGUCGAGGAUGUUGAAUUUUAAGCAAGAGGGGGCGAGUAAGGGCAAAGGGGGCGAUCAUAGCAGGGCUGUGAUUCGAUUUUCGACAAUUAUUGACAUUGGAUCGGCAUCGUUCAAGUACGACAUGAGACGCUUGACUGAAAUUUUAGCAUUCCCAAAAGCCUGGUACCGAAGAUCAAUCGUACGAAGAAUGUUUUUAGGUGACUUAAGUAUGUCGGCUGUGUAUAGUGAAGAAGAUGAUUCAAUAACAUCACAAGGUUCACCAAACACUUUAAAAAAUAGUCAUGAGACACGAAAAAGUGACAAGUCGCCACUUUUGAACAACAAGGACCGACUCAAAUUAAGCUUAGAUUCGGACGUUUUGAGACAUAACAAAUUAAAAGAACUGGGACGGGCAUUCAGUGGCGAUUCGGCCAAAGAGGAGACUCCAAGUCCGUCCGAAUUCAAAAAUCUAACCGCCUGGGAGACCUUGGUUUUGUUUGCGGUUAAUUUCAAAAAAUUGAACGUUCAUAUGAAUAUGGGCAACGUCAUGGGAAAUGUUUCAUGGAUGACGAAGGACUUCCGCAGCGACGGCCGCCUCAGCAUCGGCUCCACCGGCCACAAAAACCUCUACAUCGCGCUUGGCCUUGGCGGCUCAAGCCUUGACGCAAAAGGCGGCAUCGUCGGCGGUAAUAUAGAAAUCGCCAAUAUCGACACAUUCAUCCACAUCCGAGAGGAGCCCGAAGUGGAGCCCGAUCACACAGUCGGGCUCCGCCUCCACGCCCUCGAGCUCCGCCUCGAUUACAUGGCCACCUCGGUGCUAAUGUGUCGUGUGAGCGACUUGAAUGUUAAUCUACGCGACGAAUGGAAACUAAGUAGGGCUACGUCACGUGACUCGAUACCGACACGACGUCCAGCUAGUAUUUUUAUGCACGGGAAUUUAACGUGGGAUCAACUACAGAUGAUGAUUUCGAAGUCAACCACAGCCGACUUAUUGAAAAUGUUUAAUAAACUUGAAGAGUUUUUCUCGCAACAGUUUAAUAGUAGUAAGAGGGCGUUUAGUGGAUUUGCUGGAGGUUCGGCGAGACCGCCGAGGGUCACACCGCAAAAAAGUCGGGAGUUUCCGACAUCGGCCACGAAUGCGACCGAUGCCAGGCAUCAUAGGCAUUGGCAGAAGGUGAUGGCACAGGUGGCUGGCUUGCAGUUAAGUACCAUGGAUGUGCCGUUGCCUCAGUUUGGAACCGUCUUAGGGGGCACCAUGGAACUGCACGGUAACAACAUCUCAUUGGCUUGCUUCCAUGGUAUUAAUUUCAAAAGCAAGUCAUGGGCGUUGUUCAGUUUAAGGGAACCGUCAAUAACAUUCAAUACCGAAGGACAAGAAAUACCAUCAAAUACAGAAGCUACACCAGCACAAGACGUUCACGUGGUCCAAACCCUGACUUGUAGUCUCGGUUUGAGCACUUACAAGACACAUUUAUCAAUGGCCACGGUCUGUAAAGUGAGUCGCAGUGUGAUUUUCCCGCCACAAUUCAAAACAUUACAAGAGUGGUUUCAUUACGCGUUCGCCAACAGUCAAAUUGACGAAGUGGACAAAUUUCCCUCAUUGGAACGCGAAAAAUGUGAUGGUAAUAAUUCAAUCGAACGCCGAAAUAAUACGAAAUUAGCCGAUCCGAACCAUAAUCGUGAAGUUAUUUUCGCACUUCCUAGUCUACAACUGCACCUGAAAACUGAGCAUUUGCAAACGGCGACUGUACCCGACAUUUCCGGGGAAAAACCGACCGUUGAGUGCAGUUUUAUUACAGAGUUUGAGGAUCAUAUUUUUGUGACUGUUGAUGCGGAGGCGUUUUUCUUCCUCCACGACUUGAUCACGUCAUACGUUAAAGAAAAGGAGAAAGUGUUGGGUUUCGGGGAAAAACGCAGCAGUGUUGACCUGCAAGACAAGGGGAAAUUGGCCGAAGGCCAGGCGAAAAAAGGCGCAAUUGACGACAUUUUCGCGAAGGAUUGGCGCAAUUACAAUUGCAAGACGUGGCAUUUGGAGCCAACUGUGCGCCUUUUGAGUGUCGCGGGGAAGUACAUAGAGCCCUACGGCAUUGACUACAUUUUGCAAAAGUUGGGUUUUUCCCACGCUAGAACCACAAUUCCCAAGUGGAUGCAGCGUGGGUUCAUGGACCCGUUGGACGCCAUUCUGGCCGUGCUGACGCUGCGAAUGGUUCAGGUGGUGAAAGGCGACGGCAACAAAACUGACAAAGAAACAAAGGCUGUUAAGGAUAAAAGCUAGAUUAGGGUGAAUGUUAGUCAAAUCGUGUAAUUAUAGAAAAAACAUUUAUUGAGAUUUAGACGUUAAUAAACCAUAAAUAAGCACUC